AGUCAGAAACCCUAGAUUCUUCCAGAAACUCUACUUCUUCUAUUAAAAUCGCCGGAUUCUCCUUCUCCAAACCCACGUACGUCUCUCUCUGCACCGUCCAUCUGGUGGGCCGUAGCCUCGAUCGGUCACAGUUCAAGAGAGCACAAAGCUAUGGCUUUGACGAAUUUCAUCCUCACUGUCGCCGGUGUUAGUGCUGUUGUCCUCCUCCUUCGGAGUGAUGUCAAACAGUCCGCUACCAUUUUCAGACGCAACAUUCGUCAAAUUCGGCAAUGGCUUGAGGAAGAAUCUGCUUCAACUAAGGCUGCAGAGAAGAUGAAACCCAAGGAAUUGGAAUCUCAGGUCCCUGAGAAAGAUGUUUCCAAAGACAAGCAUUGAAUUAUCUUAGGCAGGUAGUUUGUAGUAUUAACUUGCUGCUUUGCUUGUAAAUCUUGAAACAUCACCUUGGUCUAGAGCAGAGGAAUUGUAGGAUCUUCAACGCGAGGCAAUUUCACAUCUUACUUGGGUUAUCAAUUAUGAUUAUGUUUUU